GAACGUCGUCCCCUUUAAGCCGCGCUGCAUGCUGGGAGGCUGCAUUGUUCCAGCUGAUGCGGCACGGGGUCUCCGGAGCAGCAGCAGCAGGGACCCCGUCCCCCUUCCCGGUAGCAUGUUGCACUAGAGGCAGCCGCAGCCCCAGCCUCUCUCAGCACCGGGGCCCCCCAUGGCUUUCCCGGGGCCCGGGCGCUCCCUGCCGGGGCAGCUGUGCACCGGGGUGUUCGGGGGCCUCAUCCAGCCGCCCCUGGGGCAGAAGUUCUACUGCCACAACGGGGGUACUAGCGGCGGCGGGGUGCCUUCCCCUCUCCCCCACCACACCGGCGGGGGACCCCAGUGCAACGGGGACGGCAGGUUGGAGCCGGAGCCGGACAGACCAAUCGGAUACGGGGCGUUCGGGGUAGUAUGGUCUGUGACGGACCCGCGUGAUGGGAAACGUGUUGCCCUUAAGAAGAUGCCAAAUGUCUUCCAGAAUCUGGUGUCAUGCAAACGAGUCUUCAGGGAACUGAAAAUGCUCUGUUUCUUCAAACACGACAACGUCCUGUCAGCGCUGGACAUCCUGCAGCCGCCACAGAUUGAUUGCUUUGAGGAGAUAUACGUGAUCACGGAGCUCAUGCAGACCGAUCUACACAAAGUCAUCGUGUCGCCGCAGCCGCUCAGCGCAGACCACAUCAAGGUCUUCCUCUACCAGAUAUUGCGAGGGCUGAAGUAUCUCCACUCAGCUGGGAUCCUGCACAGAGAUAUCAAACCAGGCAACUUGCUGGUUAACAGUAACUGUGUUCUCAAGAUCUGUGACUUCGGUCUGGCCCGGGUGGAGGAGUUGGACGAGUCCCAGCACAUGACCCAGGAGGUAGUGACUCAGUAUUACCGGGCACCGGAGAUCCUGAUGGGCAGCCGGCACUACCAGAACGCCAUCGACAUCUGGUCUGUGGGCUGUAUCUUUGCUGAGCUUCUCGGGAGGAGGAUAUUGUUUCAGGCCCAGAGCCCCAUCCAGCAGCUGGACCUGAUCACUGACCUUUUGGGGACCCCCCCUCUCACUGCCAUGCGCUCUGCCUGCGAGGGAGCGAGAGCUCACAUUCUACGAGGCCCCCACAAGCCGCCAUCUCUCUCUGUCCUGUAUAUGCUGUCUGGGGAGGCCACGCACGAGGCGGUGCACCUCCUGUGUCGGAUGCUGCUGUUCGAUCCGUCGAAGAGGAUCUCUGCUAAGGACGCGUUAGCCCACCCCUAUCUGGAGGAAGGCCGCCUCCGUUACCACACAUGUAUGUGUCACUGCUGCUACUCCGUGUCCUCCGGCCGCGUGUACACUGCGGAUUUUGAACCCACAGCCGGCAACCGAUUUGAUGACUCCUAUGAGAAAAGCCUCACUUCUGUCUGGCAGGUCAAAGAGCUGGUUCAUCACUUCAUCACAGACCAACAACAGGGCAAGCGCCCCCCUCUCUGUAUCAACCCGCACUCGGCCGCAUUCAAGACCUUCAUCAGAUCCACAGCCUGGCAUUCCUCCAAGGUUUCCAAGAAAGAGGAAAGAUGAGCAGACUCUUCCGGAAAGCUCUGGAAAUUGAGGACGUGAUGUGAGAAUCCUCUCCGGCUGUUAUCCGUUCACAGCAUGAAGUAUCCAACUCUCGUCCCACUGCUGUACAUGAGAUGGUGUACUCCUCUCCUUGCUAGUUUCCCUACCCUCUGCCGUCCCACCGCUGUCACCUCCCUCUUCCCGUCUUUCCUGCUUCAUAAUCAUCCCGUUACGGAGUUUUGUUUUGUUUUCCUUUUCCCAGAAUCCUGUGUGGUUCCAUACCUCCCCCCAAUGGGGGGGCGGCAGUGAUUGGCUGAGGGACCUCUUUGCGGAUAAAGGACGCUGUAAAUAUUUUCUAUACAGAGAAUCCUCUGCCUUGUCCGGCUCUCCCUCCUCGUCACUGCCUUGGGGUAAGCCCCUCCAGUGCCGGGCGAAUCCCCAACAGGGAACGUGUGCAAUUCUACGCUUUUUAUCAAAAGGAUUUGAUAUGAGCAGCAUAAAUGUCACCACCCCUAUCUGGAUGUGAACAUCCACUGCACCCCCGCUCAUCCACACAUGAUGUAUAUUGUGUUCAAGCUUUCCGCUGACCUAUAGGAGAGGGCAAGAAACCCUGCUGCAUCAUGGUGCUCUGGUUACUGACCUACUGUGCAGGCGGCCAUGUUGUCGGCUCGAACCAAUGUUCUGAUCGUGUCUUCAUGGACCAAUGACCAUUCUGGACUCUGUUAUGUCCCUGCUUCCUUGUAAAGUGAUAGGUUGCAGUCUUGCAUAGAAUUAUUGGUUUAUAUUUGGUUCCGUCUAUAAAAUGGCCGCCACUACCACUGUGUGGGCAAUGGGUACUCUCUUUAAAUAUCCUGCAACUCUUCAAAGUCUAGAACAGUGCGCACUGGGAGAUAUUGGUGUCAUAGAAGCAGUGACGAUCCCUUACUAUGAGUCUGUAUGUUUUUAUUAGAGUCUUUUGGGACAAGUGAGGAUUCCUAGCCUGUAUCAUACACUGCAGUCUUGCAGGGGGCUGACUCUCCCUAGGGAGCGCUCUCCGGCGACAUCUUGUGGACAUGAUUUGUUCUGCAAGGGAAUGAGUGUAUUGAUAAUACAGAUGGAGCAGCACUUAUUGUAACAUUUGAAUCCUGUUGGCUUGCUAGUCAACUUGCUAGUCUCUUUCCACUGAAGAACGAAAGCUGCAGCCGCCCCCAUAGGCCGUGACAUUGUGUAUUAAAUGCAUUACGUUAGCUGCAGGCUGGUUCGCUUUCGUCUGUAGCAGUUUUGCUGACACCUUGUGGCCGGUGGGUUGUAUUGCAAUGGGUGAGUUCCCCAGUAUAAUGUUACUUAACCCUAGCACUGCAGUAACCUCUGGUUGAGAGCUGGUCAUUUUGAAGGGGGCACCUGUGCCUCUCCCGUUUUCACCAAUACUUCAUUUUUAACUUAUAACUUAUGUACAGAUGUGUAUCACGUUGUGUUAGGGCAAUUGACAUGUAUCACUGUACCUAUGGUUUGAAACCCAUUCAAUAAUCUACCUCUUCCAGUAAGUGUUUAUUUGUAUGAUUGUUAAAAUAUUGUGUUUUGUUUUUGUUAUUUUUGUUUUUCCUUUUUUUUUUUUUUUUUCCUAAAUGUGAAAAAACCCAGAUUCCCUGAAAACUUGAAUUUAGCGUCUUCAGGUUUUAUUUAAAGAUUGUUGGUCCGAUCCAGCAGCUUUAAUAAACUCUGUCCUGCCUUUUA